AUGGAGAGUGGAGGUGCGGUGGUGCGGCACGAUGAAAAAGUUGGAGAGAGGGAAUGGAGCCGGGGUUAUGAAAUGAAGAUCCGCUCACGCCCAACCACCACCACCACCACCACCACCAUCACCGUCGAUCUAGAUCUCCUUCGGCCGAUUUUUCCAGAUUUGCUCGCCGCCACCACCGUCAUGACUGCCAACGGAGGGAGUUGUCUGAAGACCCAUGAUUUUCUGCAGCCACUAGAGCGGCUAGAAACGAAGGGGAGUGCGAAGGAAGAAGCGACGGAUGAAAUAUCAUGGGUGGUUGAGAAGGCAGGACCUUCGGUUGAGCAUCUCUUACCUGGGGGAAUUGGGACUUACAGCAUUAGCCACAUUUCAUAUGUUAAUAAUAACAGUAACAAUAAUAAUCAAAGGCUUCCGAAAGCAGAGACGUCCCUUUUCGUGCGUCAAGCAAAUAGUACGGACAGGAACGAUGAGAACUCCAACUGCAGUUCGUAUACUACUUCAAGUGGUUUCACGCUGUGGGAAGACUCAUCGGGGAAGAGGGGCAAAACAGGAAAGGAGAAUAAUUCGGGCGACAAACCCUCUCUUGGAGAGUGUGCGGCGACAAAGCUAGGGCAGUGGACAUCAGCGGAGCGGACGUCGCAGUCGUUUUGUACCAAUCGUCACGGCAGCCUCAGCUCUCGCUCUUCAUCGCAGACAACUGGGCAGAAGAACCAGAGUUUUAUUGAAAUGAUGAAGUCUGCAAGGGAUAGUGCCCAGGAUGAAGUGCUAGAGAACGAAGAAACAUUUUUUCUCAAGAAAGAACCUUCCAAUACCCAAAGAGAACUGAGAGUGAAAGUAGAUGGUAAGAAUACUGACCAAAAGCCAAACACACCAAGAUCAAAACACUCUGCAACAGAACAGCGGAGAAGGAGCAAAAUCAAUGACAGGCAUGUAUUACCUGGCAAUCCAGUCUUGAAAUUCCAAAUGUUAAGAGAGCUUAUUCCGCACAGUGACCAAAAGAGGGACAAAGCAUCUUUUUUAUUAGAGGUCAUUGAGUACAUUCAUUUUUUACAAGAGAAGGUUCACAAGUAUGAAGGUUCAUUUCAAGGGUGGAAUAACGAGCCAGAGAAAUUGAUGCCAUGGAGAAACAAUGACAAGCCAGCUGAGAACUUUCAACCUCGUGGCACCGAUAAUGGGUCAAGUCCAUCUCCAGCACUGCUCUUUGCUUCAAAGAUUGAGGAGAAAAAUAUUAGCAUCUCCCCAACAAUUCCUGUGAGUACCCAUAAUGUAGAAUCUGGCUUGAGUACGGCAACUACCUCCAAGACAAUGGACCAUCCGGCUGGGAUAAUGAACAAGGCUUUUCCAAUUCCUAUUUCUUCACAGCUAAAUUUCUUCUCUCCAAAUCAAAUGGGUGGUCCAGGUGGAGUGGUGUCUCAGCUCACGCAUAGAACGGCUUCUGAUGCUGAGAACAAAUAUCAACCUUCAGUGGAGUGUCAGACUGUUGCUGCUACCAAUGAAAAGCUAAAAGAGAAAGAGCUCACUAUUGAAGGUGGUGCAAUUAGCAUAUCAAGUGUGUACUCAAAAGGGUUGUUGCAUACGCUUACACAUGCACUGCAAAGUUCAGGGGUGGAUUUGUCACAGGCUAGCAUCUCAGUGCAAAUUGAACUUGGUAAACAAGCAAACAUCAGACCAACUGUACCAGUGUCAGUGUGUGAUGCUAAGGAUGGUGAAGUACCUUCUAACAACCAAAAGAUGACGCGCUCUAGAGUUUCCAGCUCUGGGAAGUCUGACCAAGCCAUUAAGAAGCUAAAGACCUGCAGAAGUUAA